AUGGAUGCACCCGUCUUCCCCUACCAAGAAACUCGGGGAGGAGACUUCUCUGCACUCCGCCAUUGGCUGAGUCAAGGUGGAACUAUCGAUGCGCCGUUGCUGCGCUCCGUCGCCGAAACUUGGACCCCUCUUGCGCUAGCCUGCGCCGAGGGGCGGGUCGAACUUGUCCGCGCGAUCGUGGAGAUCGGAGGCGCCCGCCCCUCUUUUUCGGCGCAAACGAAAGUGUUGGCUAGUUCGUCACCUUUACACGUCGCUUCACGCUAUGGCCACGCCGGUGUUGCGGCGGUUCUGCUAGAGCUCGGUGCCGUAGUCGAUGCCCGCGACACUUUCGGGUUCACACCACUCUGCUACGCAGCAGGAAACGGCCACCUGAAGACGAUCGAGGUGCUGCUUGAGGCUGGGGCGGACGCCUCCUCGUCCUUUGAAGCACCCUACGCAGCGAAGGCGCUGGACAUGGCAGAGAUGGCGGGCUUUGAUGACGCCGCGACUCUGCUCAGGAGCCGGGCUCUGGCGGGAGAGGACGGGGGCGAGGCGGUCAGGAGGAGGAAGACGCUCGCCUCGUGGCUCGGGGUGCUCGGGUGUCGGGAGUUUCUUGGUCGGUUUUUGAGGGCCGGCUACGACGACCUGCAAUUCAUGGCAUCGCAGGGGUUGACCGAGGCAGACUUGGACUGCGUUGGAGUGCCAGGCGACAAGCUUGGCCUGAGGAAGAAGCUGUUGGCGAUGCACGGCGUGGAAGGGUUCUUGAACGCCGAUGGUGGUGGUAGCAGCAGCAGCAGCAGCAAGACAGAGGAGGCCUCGGCGGCGGAGACAGCAAGUGAAGGCGGGAAUGAGAGUAGCAGCAGCGGUGGAAGUAGUGAUGAUGAAACGGGCGAUGAGCAAGAUGCAUCCAGCAGUGAUGGUGGUGAAACUGGUAGCAGUAGCGGCCAUGGGAGCGAUAGUGGAAGCGAUUCGGAAAGCGACGCAUAG